UUAAACCCUUUGGUUUACUACCAUUCCCCCGCAAGCUUUGGUGGCUUGUGUGGUUAAGGAGUUUUGUCAGGAGAGAAAGAGAUUACAUGUGCUUGUUGCACAGGACUCAAACGGUAGGUCCUUGCUCACUUGUGUGCAGGGGAUUUCAAGGAUUUAACUGGGAGUAACAAGUGCCUACAGUAGAUAUAGUCAGUGUUAUUCAUCUACUUAUGGACUACAGAGAGAAACUAUGUAGUAAUAGGAAUCUGUGAUAGGAAUCUGAAAGAAGAUGUGACUUUGUUCUGCUUUAACGUAAACUAUACAUUGAGCCUCACUGAAGUGAUCCUGAAGGAUACGGCCCUCACACUUCAAAUAGAUCUCCUGCAUUGCACGUGAACCUGAAUAACAGCUCUGUACAACAACUGGUCUGCCUUGUCUUACUUGGUAGCAUUUUACUUUUUUUCUGACAAAGAAGAGAGAAAGUGUCUCAAAAGGCUCGUAUGCAUUUGUCAAUGGAUACCCUGGGAAUGGUGGACGAUAGUUGUCUUGACAACUAUGACAUGGCAAAAGCUGCUGGGUCAAGCUGUGGAGGCAGGGUCCACAGUAUUGAUGUCAUACUGGGAUUCACUAAAGACCAGGACCCUUUACUCCAUUCGAUAGGCGAGGAUGACAGGCAGCAAGCCAACGAAGAAACCCCACAACACCCUGAGAAGCAGUCGGACCCCUAUGGGCACCUUCCAGAAUUGGGUGAUAGUUCCCAACAUUCUUCCUACCAUGAAUCUGACCUUUUCUCUGGUGACAAGUGUGAUGAAGAAAUGAGUAACCUGCAGAAGGAAAUGGACGUUGCUGAGGGGUCUCCAGAGGCCAUUACAGAGGAAGAGCACACUAAAAAGAAACACAGAAGAAAUCGUACCACUUUCACCACUUAUCAGCUUCACGAGCUAGAACGAGCCUUCGAGAAGUCCCACUACCCAGACGUCUAUAGCCGUGAGGAGUUGGCAAUGAAGGUUAACUUGCCUGAAGUUCGAGUUCAGGUGUGGUUCCAGAACCGAAGGGCCAAGUGGAGACGACAAGAAAAGAUGGACACCAGCACCAUGAAGCUCCAUGAUUCCCCCAUGCUAUCCUACAAUCGUCCUCCGAUGCCACCUAGCGUGGGGCCAGUGGGCAACCCAAUGCCACUAGAUCCAUGGCUGACCUCGCCUAUCUCCAGUGCCACAGCCAUGCAUACCAUCCCAGGGUUUAUGGGUUCACCACAGGGCCUGCAGCCUGCCUAUCCAAGCCACAGCUUCCUCAACACCCCACCUGGCAUGGUCCAAGGUAUGCAGCCAAUGGGCCCUCCUUCCUACCAGUGCCCACUCAGCUUCAAUGAUAAAUACCCGAUGGAGGAAGACAGAAGUUCAAGCAUCGCAGCACUUAGGAUGAAGGCCAAAGAGCACAUUCAGUCAAUGGAUAAAACCUGGCAGCACAUGUGAUGUGGCACUGUAGAAGGACUUUUGAGCUGCUCCCGUGAAUGUUUACAAACUGCUUUUCCAUGGUUUGUUUCAUGUACCCAUGGCAAGGAUGCAUGACACCAAAUGAGUCAGACAUUUUUUUCACUGACGCUAUUAUGCAACUCUGAAAAUAAACUUCUUGUGAUGAAAAAAA